CAUCGUCGAGCACAUCGAUAGCGAAAUAGGUCUCUGAAGCUCUGCCAAAAGUCGAAGGUCUGUCAUCCCGAAAACACCUCAUCGAUGAUGGUGGAGAACAUUUGUUUUCUUCAAUUUUGGUCCUUUUUUCCUUCCGGAUCAUAGUUAAAUCAGUUGCAUGGUUUUCUCUGUUCUGAAGUUUGGCUAAACUAUGCAAUUUUGGUUGCUAAUUAAUCGGAAUUAGCAAUUUAGCAUUGUUUUUCUAUGCAUGAAAGCCAAUUUUAAUAUAUUUUUCCCCUUAUAAGAUGGAAUCCCUCUGGAAACUUUUAUAUUUGCUGGAGCCUGCUCCUGUCACUCUUAUUGUUACAGCUGUAGCUGUGACAUUUGGCUCUGCAUUCCGAGCUUUAACCUAUGGGAAAGAAAUGGAGCGUAACCGUGACUUAUCAGAAGCAUCCAUUACACUAGACAGGUCUCAAGCGUUAAUGAUCCCAGUAAUGAGCUCUUUCAGCUUGCUUUUGAUGUUCUACUUGUUCUCAUCUGUCUCCCAGCUUCUCACAGCAUUCACAGCCAUUGCUUCUGCAUCUUCACUUUUCUUCUGUUUGUCACCAUAUGUUGUCCAAUUGAAGUCACAAUUUGGAUUAGCUGACCCAUUUGUUUCACGCUGUUGCUCAAAAUCAUUUACACGACUCCAAGGACUUCUAUUGUUGGCAUGCAUUGGCACAGUGGUGGCUUGGCUUGUUUCGGGUCAUUGGAUAUUGAACAAUGUUCUAGGCAUAUCUAUAUGUAUUGCAUUUGUAAGCCAUGUGCGUCUUCCAAACAUCAAAAUAUGUGCGAUGCUCCUUCUUUGUCUAUUUGUAUAUGACAUUUUCUGGGUUUUCUUCUCUGAAAGAUUUUUUGGGGCUAAUGUUAUGGUGUCAGUAGCAACACAACAAGCUUCAAAUCCUGUUCACACUGUUGCUAAUAGUUUAAGUCUUCCUGGUUUGCAACUGAUAACAAAGAAGUUGGAGCUGCCAGUGAAGAUUGUUUUCCCAAGAAAUUUAUUGGGCGGAGUUCUCCCUGGCGAGAAUGCGACAGACUUCAUGAUGCUUGGUUUAGGAGACAUGGCUAUCCCAUCAAUGCUUCUGGCUUUGGUCCUCUGCUUUGAUCAUCGAAAGAGCAAUAACACUGUAAAUCUUAUUGAGUUACAUUCUUCAAAGGGACAUAAAUACAUAUGGUAUGCCUUACCUGGGUAUGCAAUUGGCCUGGUGACUGCUUUGGCUGCUGGAGUCUUAACUCACUCACCCCAACCUGCACUGCUCUAUCUGGUGCCUUCUACUUUGGGGCCUGUGAUUUUUGUCUCCUGGUUAAGGAAGGAGUUGAUGGAAUUAUGGGAAGGAAGCAUGCCAACCAUUAGUGAUAAAGCUCGCCAAAUAGAAGUUUAAUCUUUUCAUUAUCAUAAUAUUAUCUUGGAGGCCAAAAGGCAAACACCUAAUGACUGAUGCUUACUGCUUUUCUUAGUUAUAAUCAAUUUCAGAAAGUUGUAUAUUCACUGUCACACAGAUUAUUCUAUCGUUGUGGUUAUGGAGACUCAUCAAAGCGUACUGCAUUAUGUUAA